AUGUCGGUUACUGAAAGCAACCCCCGCCUUCGCACCAUCACCCUCAGCCUGUACACCAACUACCUACUGGUGGGUGCUGUGUACUUCGGCCUCUCGCUCAGCGGCGGCGACCUGAGCUCCGACCCGUUCCUGUACAUGGUGCUGACGGGGGUCGUGGAGCUGCCGGCCUACACGCUGGUCAUCCCCCUGGUGGCUCGCUACGGCAGGAGGGCCCCCGUAGUCGCCUUCUUCUUCUUGACGGCUGCGGCUCUUUUGGUGUUGCCCUUUGUGCCCGCAGGAUCGAUGGUUUUAGCCCUUAUAGGAAAGAUGAGCAUCGCUUCAGCAUUUCAGGUCCUCGACUUGUACUCCUCAGAACUCUUUCCUACUGAGGUUAGGACGAGAGGCAUGAGCACUGCCCAUGUCAUGUCAAGGGUGGGGUCCUUUUCCCCUUACAUCAUAGACUACUUGGCAAAAUGGCCCCUUGUACCCGUGGGCGCCGUCAGCAGUGUUCGGGCGGCGUCGGCUCGCGGGACUGGCCUCGCCCUGCCGGAGACGCUGCACGUGGCGCUCCCGGACACCAUCGAGCACCUGGAGGAGCGGGAGAUCAGGACUAGGCGCUUAGCCUGGCUCAUGUAG